AUGGUGGACCCUCUUGGGACUGCGAUUGGAGUGGUCGGGCUUUUCAGUACCUGUCUCGAUGCCUGGCAUCUCAUAGAAGAUGGACGCUCGAUGAGCAAAGAGUUUGUUAUCCUGAGACAGCGGUACUUGAACUUGCGGCUGCGUUUUGUGCUCUGGGGCGAGGCAUGUGGCCUUGACAUUUGUGAUCACAGCGAUGAUGGGAUUAUCCCGCAGAGCAUACAUGGAGACAAGUUGAAGCGUCGAUAUGGGCUCGAUACCAACACGGAGUUACAAAAUCACCUCGAAACGAGCAAUCAUGUGCAAGCGCUGACAAACCAAUACUAUCGCUUCGAAGAGCGAAGGAAACGAGUGAAAGGUCACGCUGGACUACUUGGUUCGGUCCGCUGGGCUAUUUCCGAUAAGCUUCGGUUCACAACUCUGAUUCAACACUUGGGGGAGCUCCUCGUCGAUCUCGAGAUACUGACUCGGGACACCGGUGUUCCUCGAAAACAACGGCAGUUGGCUGAUCGUGAAAUACAAAGCAUCUCCGAUCUAACCGAGCUUAAGCUUAUUGAAGAAGCUGGUCUCAAUGCCGAUGACCCGAUCUCUGACGCAGCAAGCGCUCGUAUUAGCACUCUUUGCAGCGAACCCAAGGAGGCUUCAAUUAGCUCCUAUUACACUGCGAGGUCGAAUUGUCCUGAGCACGAAUCAUCGGCAGAGAAACUUUCAUCAGCUCCCAUUGUACCCGGUGAUUCUCAGUGGCAACGAAUCCUGGCGUCUCUGCGUGAAGGCAAGCCUUCUCCAAAUCAAAAUAUCCUAGUUGACGAGUCCAAAGGCGGAGACCUGUUGCUCUGGAUAAAGGCAAGGCGUCUGCUUAGUGACCUACCCCUCGAUUUGUCAAAGCGGAAGUCUCAGAGAGAUGUCGGUCAACUGGCAUCUGCUAUAGUGCCAUGGAUAGACGGCUGGCCGGUUGCAGAUGAUCCCCGUGACAUAAUCGCAGCCAUCGAGGGGCCCCUUGGAACUCCUUACGAGGGCAGCAUAUUCUACCUUCGAAUCAAACUUUCAAGUAACCACCCGUUCUAUCCUCCAGAUUGUAGCUUUCUUACAAAGGUCUACCACCCGAAUAUCAAUUCUUUCGGGAAGAUUUGUUUCGACCUCUUCGACAAGGAAUGGUCACCAAUAUACACGCUCUCAGGCAUUCUUGUUGCUCUCAGUGGACUUCUCAGCGCUCCUAAUAUUGAGGAUCCACUUGUACCUGAAAUUGCAACAAUCUUCGUACAAGAACCGGAAACGUAUGAGCAGUAUGCCAGGAACUAUGCCGUGCGAUAUGCAAAUGCUCGUUCGUUUCCAGUAGUGAAUGCAGGUGGAAGCAUUACGUUUCAAAUGUGCGACAUGAGCCUACAGGAGGUCCUAUACUGCCUCGCAAAUCGAGCUACCGAUGACGCGAUCAUGUUGAAAGUGAAGUACAAUGGUCAAAUCUCAGAGUCCUUGAAAGAGCUGAAAGAUGACCCCCUCAGGUUGGAAAUCGAACGUCAUUUGUGCGAAAAUAUCCUCACUCUAUCUGAAAGAACCAUGUCAGUCUUCCGGUCUGUUGAAUUCGAUAAGAUGGGACAUGAUUCUCAAGCUCGUUGCCUCAUGUUGCUGAAACGCAUUCUUGGUUGGCUGGAGGAUCUGCUCCUUGGUUACCACCGAGCCCCAGGGUCACCUAACCAAUCCCAACCAAGCGAUAUCAAUCAAUUUCGCGAGAACACGGCCUGGUUAAUCUGGGCUCUGGACGCUGCCCUCACUGACUUGGAAAGACCUGCUGGCUACCAAGACAUUUGA